GCUUCAAUGACAUUUGAAAAAAAUUUGACGUUUACAUUUAUAGCGUGAUGAGAAUUGUAAAUAAACACAAUUGAAGAAGAACAUUUUUCCAACUGAACCUCAACUAGAAGGACAUUCCCUUCAUCGAGUGAGUCAAACAUAUCAAUAGAAUCAGCCAAAAUGACCGAGGAAACAGAUUUCCCCAAUGAAAUUGAUGACAAUAAGAAUAAAAAUACGAUUCGAUGUCAGUUCUGUGAUUCGAUCAUUUUGAAAGCGAAACAAGCCAAUUACUCGGAAAACGAGUUCAAUUUACCGCUGAUGCACCAAAAGAAUAAGGAAUCGGUGACAGAGAGUGAGGUUUUGAAAAAUUAUUGGACUGUUGAUGACAUGUUCACAUUUGAAAAUAUUGGCUUUUCCAAUACCGUGCAGAACAAAAAGUAUUUGAUUUGUGCUGAUUGUGAAAUGGGGCCCGUCGGUUACCACGAUAUUACAUCGAAGAAAUGCUAUGUGGCAUUGAAACGAGUCAAGCAUGUGAAAUAGGCGCAUUUAGUUUGCGCCACCAGUUUGUGUUGGACAGUAUCCAAAGAGAAGAAGAAGAAGCAGCAGCAGCAGCAGAAGUGAAUCUAGAACAAGGGGAUCGAGAAACUAUACAAUAUUCCACUGUAGCCAAAUAGAAAUACACAAUGCGUUCAACAAAGAAUUCCAUAAAAUUGUCUCCUUGCCUUAAAGGAAAGCAAAAAUCAAAUAUAAUAAAAUUUUAAUUAACAACUAUGUAUUAUGUACAAUUAAAAUAUACGUAACAAAUAACUUAA